AUGCCUUUGCACGAUACGCCCGUGGCUAGCAACACCCUCUUUGGGCCUCUAUUCUGGGAAGACAGGGGGCCCGAUCCAGGCCCGACAAACCUUACCGUUUCGCCCCUGCAAGGCCCAGACCACGGCAGCCACCCUGAACCUUACUGCCUCGGGGGGCAAAAGAAAACCCCGACACAGGGUGACCGUCAGCCUGCUGCCCAAAAUGGCCGACGACGAAUAAAUCUGUACAAAAUGUCUGUCCCCAAUUACCUCGUGUGGCCCCCAGGCCACACCCAGACCGAAGGUUUUGGCCCCCCUCAACGACCCCCGACUGAAACAGGGCCCCAGCUGAACCCCCAAAAAGUGGUGCCUCCACGAGCAAACCCAAACCGAAAGGGCGGGCCGAAACGGACAGGCCCGGGGUCCGACCCGAUGGCGAUCUGGACCCCCAAAGGGGUUUCCCCAAUUUUAAGUCCCCCUUAA